AUGAAGAGACACGACGAAACUCCAGCACCACUGUCGUUAGAAGAUAAAAAACCAAGACUAGACAUGGUUGAGAACGAAGAUCAACAGGCAUUUGCCAACGUUGGCGACCAGGUCAAUUCUGUCACUCAAACUGGCGCUGAGGACGCCCAGGGCCAUCCAGUGCAAGAGGUUGAGUCCAUGUGCAUGAGAUGCCACAAGAAUGGAACGACUAGAAUGUUGUUAACUAAGAUUCCUUACUUUCGCGAGAUCAUCGUGAUGUCGUUCGCAUGUCCCCACUGCGAGUUCAGAAACUCCGAAAUCCAGGCGGCUGCCCAAAUCGCUGAGAAGGGUUCUCGCUAUAUCUUCAAGAUCGAAUCCAAGGAGGACUUCUCAAGGCAGGUUGUCAAAUCAGAGACAGCUACUUGCAUGUUCACAGAGUUGGAGCUUGAAAUCCCACCUGAGCGUGGCCAGUUGACCAACAUCGAGGGUCUUCUCAACGAAAUGAUCGAAAAUUUGCAGUUGGAUCAAGAGGCUCGUAAAGAAGCUCAGCCGGAGGUAUACGAGAAAAUUGAAGCAUUCUUGAAAAAGGUCAAAGCCUGUCUAGAAGGUGAAAACUUGCCGCUCACUUUCUACGUUGACGAUCCAGCUGGUAACUCAUGGGUUGAAUACUUGCCCGGCCAGCCCGCUCAUAAAUGGUCCAUGUACGAGUAUAACAGAACGGCGGAGCAAAAUGUCUACUUGGGCUUGAUUUCUGCUGAUGAUGUUGCACAGCAUAAGUUGGCAGAGCUGAAGCAGAAGAAAGAGGCUACUGACCUGAACGUUAGUGCUUCUUUGAACAAUGAAACAGACUCCCAUCCUAAGGUUUCUGGAUUUACCGAUCACAGCGAGAUUGAAAACUUUGAAAAUGAAGUUCAGACUUUCCAUGCGACGUGUUCCGCUUGCUCUGCCCCUUGCGAGACUCACAUGAAGACAGUAAACAUACCUCAUUUCAAGGACGUCAUCAUUAUGUCUACAGUUUGCGACAGGUGUGGCUACAAAUCCAAUGAAGUUAAAACUGGAGGUGCCACACCAGACAAGGGUAGGAAGAUCAGCUUGAAGAUCACUGACCCUGAAGAUUUGGCUAGGGAUAUAUUGAAGUCAGAAACCUGUGGAAUGAAAAUUCCUGAGUUGAGUCUAGAUUUGACCCCAGGUACUUUGGGAGGUAGAUUCACAACCAUCGAGGGUUUGUUGACACAGGUGUAUGAGGAGUUACAUUCUAGAGUUUUCACUCAGACUUCUGACUCCAUGGAUGAUGAAACUAAGCAAAGAUGGACAUCGUUUUUCGCAAAGUUGCAAGAUGCCAAAGAGGGUAAAAUUGGUUUUACUAUCUUUAUGGAAGAUCCAUUGGCUUCUUCAUACAUUCAGAAUGUCUACGCUCCAGACAACGACCCCAACAUGACGAUUGAAGACUACGAGAGAACUCAUGAGCAGAACGAAGAGUUGGGUUUGAACGACAUGAAAGUUUAG